GGCUCGAGCGGAGUCUGGCCAGAGAGCGCGCCCGCGGCGCCUUGCAGGCCACGCGCCCCUCCCACAAAGAAAGCGGAAGAUAGAAAUCAAAUAGAAAUGCUAAAGACGUCAGAGAUGGAGGCCCUCCCUGUCCGCCGGCCGCUGGCGUGCACCCGGCUCCUCGGGGCCGCCCUGCUCCGCGCCGCAGCCGGCGAGAGGGCCCCGCGGGAUCCCGCGGGAGCGCUGUGGCGGGGCCGCGCCGAGGUCGCAGGCCCGCCGCGGCAGAGGCCAGCGGCCGCAGAGGCCGGCGAGCUCCCGAGGGCGAACCAGUCGGCAGGCCCAUCAGGUCCCGGCCCCGCGAGCGCCAUCGCCUUGAGUGCGGGUGGCGGCAUGCAGCUCGCGGGGGGCACCGGCGAGCCCUUCAUGUUCGCGGCGUACGCGAUGGCCAAGCUCGAAGGGCAGAGCUGACCGCCGAUGGCAGGCUGGUGCCGUCCCGACGCUUCGGCGGCGCGAGUGUGCGCUCAAGACCGAGGGCCCCACCUCUCACGGCCUCUGGGGGGCCCCUGCGUCGGAGGCCCCUCAAGUUUGGGCGGCUCAAGCGGUGACAGAGGAGGCCACGCCGGCAGAACCAGCAGCGACGGGGCGCGCACCUUCCGCUCCCCGGCAUCCGGCGUCCUGGGCGUGCAGUACGCGUACGGCAAGGCGGUCGAGGGGGGCGUGAAGGCGGUCGCGGAGUCCACCCACAACGCGAACGCGUACUUCCUCUGCUCCAAGUGCGUGAUGGAGUGCAGCAUCAACUGGAACGGCUUCGAGGGAAUGAUGAGGGUGAUGGGGCAGGGAAACGCCGAGAGCUUCGUCGGCAUGUGCUUCCAGGCGGCGCUCCCAGCCAGGUGCG